AUGAAGUCCUGUAAAACAAUUUAUUCUAUCUUAUUCAUCAAAGAAUCAAAUUUUUAUAUACCAACAUGCAAUGAGUUAAGUGUUAUUAAUACUGAUAAUAGAUAGACUUCUCUGGAAGUAAUUAUAAAAAAUUGGAAAAGGAGUGCAUUUUGGAUGGAAGAUGAUAAAAUUAAAAUUGCUGAAGGCUGGUUUAAUGAUAAGGGAUAAAAAUUUGGUAAAUAGAUUGAAUUAUUUGAAAUGAUAGUUAGUAUAAUUCAGAUAUUCUUUUAAUAAAAUUCCUAAGAGGAAUAUAAGAGAAAAAAAAACAGUUAAUAAUUAAUUUUUAGAGGGGGAGUUGACUCUAAGAGUGGGAUCAUUGAUGGUAGAUGGAUUGAAUUGUAUGGAAAUAUUUUGGUUAAAACUUUGAUAUUUUUUCUGUUAAGGGCAAUUAACAUUUAUAUUUAUUUUUAUUUUUUUACAUGGAGAUAUAGAAUAGGAAUAAAUCAACAAUUAUUUGAUAUUCAAAUAAAGAAAUAUCAACAACAAGUAGAGAUUAAUUCAUAUUUAGAGUUUAAAAUUGUAUUCAGAUGUCUUUAUAAGAACAGAAUUUAGUAAGCUCUUUUUAAUUGUUAUGCUUAUGAUACAGAAGAAUUCAGUCAUUAAUGUUGUAAAUUAUGAAACCCAACAAUCUAAAAAGCUUUACUUUUUAAAUCGCUCAUCCACUUAUUAAUCUAAUUUUUAAAAGGUAUUAUUUAUGUAACAUCUUUUAGUAACCAAAUUCUAAUUGA